AGAGAGAGGUACAAGUUGCUUCAUCCAUGGCCUACAGUUUUCCUGAUGUGUUUUGCUGGAUUCAGAAGCUUCCACCAAUCUCAGAAUGGGAAACAAAUCCACUUUCACUAAACAUACGUUCUUCAACCUCUUGCCAACCAUGUCUCAGUCUUAUCGUAACCAAAAACCAUGAUUCCUCAAAAUUCUGCUUUGUCAUUAUAGCAGACUGCAACACUCCUAUCCAUCUUUGGACCUCAAAACCUUUCAAGCACGCAAGCUCCAAAACAAAAAAGUUAAUAGAUGAAGAAACCAUUUCCAGUCUCUUUGUCAAUAUCAACCAGGCCAUCCUUCUUUAUGGCUCCAACAAGAACACUUCCUUCCUCAGGUUUCCAGAACUGGACUCCACUCCCAACCUUUCAGACGUUUUCAAUCUUUCUUUCUUCACUCUCUUGUUCCUAGUUUGUAUAUACGAAACUCCUGCUGCAGAUUUUCGUUCUGGGUGUAUUAGUAACCUGAAAGAUCACCUGACAGGUUUUCAGUCAAGAAAAGCAUCAAUCACGCUGAUGAAACUCUUAGGCUCUAACGUAGAAGAGUUGUGGAUGCGCUCUGUGAACCUUGCAGUUACUAACUGGGUCGGGGAACAAGAACCACAUCACAACCCCUUCAGAACACCUUGUCCAUUAUUUUCGUAUUCCCUUUCGGCAAUUGGGUUGUGGAAAGUGCAGCUGUAUUGCCCCCUCGUAGUCAUGGAUGUUGAGAACUCAAAAAGUAAUCCAGCAAGUGAGAGACUUCAAUUCUCUCUCAAACAUCACCAUGUGGAAGCUGUUUUUCAAUUCAAUCACAAAGUCUCGAUAAAAAAAGAGUGGGUUGAAAUCAUGGUGGACAUUGACAACAUAAGGUGUGAUGUUAUAAAAUUGGUGAAUGAAUCUCUAAUGAAAGAAAGAGGGGCUGAUGCAGCUGAAAAACAUUUUCCGUCGAGAAUAUCCUUACAACUAACACCUAUUGUCCAAGACCAAGUGUUGAGCCUAUCGGUCGGGAAAUCCUCGGAGAACCCACAGAAAGAAUUCGAAGUUGACAAAAGUAUAGAAGCUUCUUUCGAGCCAUCGGUUCCUGUGGGACUCAAGGUGUCUGCUGGAGAGUCGACAACAGUGAGUUUGAAGCCUUGGAAAUUUGAAGAAUCUGUUUAUGGGUACAGUGCAAAUUUGAAUUGGUUUCUGCAUGAUAGUAUGGACGGGAAAGAAGUUUUCUCAUCAAAGCCUUCAAAGUUUGCUAUGAUUAAUCCUAAGUCGUGGUUCAAAAAUCGAUACUCAAGUGCUAUGCGACCUUUCACCAGGCAAGGAGGAAUUGUUUUCGCAGGCGACGAAUAUGGAGAAAAAGUGUGGUGGAAAGUGGACAAAGGAGCCAUUGGAAAAACAAUAGAAUGGGAGAUAAGGGGUUGGAUAUGGUUAACUUAUUGGCCCAACAAACGCAUAACCUUCUACAACGAAACUAGGAGGUUGGAGUUUCGAGAAAUAGUAACUGUUGAUGUUGCUUAGCCUCACGUCUAAGACCAAAUUAUUAUA